AAUAGUUUGCGCAUUGGAGACAGGUUCACUAAUGCGAGCAAAUAUAUGCAGUUAUAUUUCUCUCCUUUAGGUGUCACUGUUGUUUUGAUCUUCCCCAGGUAAUUAUGCUGAGGUGCGCUAAUGAAUCUUCUCAGUUUUCAGGUAGUAUCAAGGUCACAGAAAUUUAGACGGGCAUUCAUUUACUAGGGAGGGAGCAAAGCACAGUCUCACAGCACAAACUAAGAUUAGGAGCCUUUACAUUUCUGCUUGGGACAUCCCCGCCGCAAAUGUGAUGCAGUCGCUUGCACAAGAAAUAAAAUCCUUCUCCAAAACUAAAUUGCGAAAACAAUGCACCAGAGUAACGACUUUGAGCGGCAGGCGGAUUAUUGAGACAUGGAGAGGUUCCACUGUACAGGUGGUUGAGGAAACAGUACAGCCUGAAACUGCAUGUGGAUAUGUUCAGGAUAAUAACUGGGAUCUUCAGGUUGGAUAUAUUAAACCAUAUAUGUUGCUUGGGUCACAAGAUGCCGCUCAUGACUUUGGUACUUUGAGGAAAUAUAAGGUCACACAUAUAUUAAAUGUUGCGUAUGGUGUGGAAAAUGCCUUCCCUGACUUGUUCAUCUAUAAGACACUGAGCAUAAUGGAUCUGCCUGACACUAAUAUCAUAUCAUAUAUCAAGGAGUGUGCACAGUUUAUAGACCAGGCUAAAGCUGAGAAAGGAGUCGUACUUGUCCACUGCAAUUCCGGAGUUUCGCGUUCUGUCUCGGUUGUCAUUGGAUAUCUGAUGUUAAUGGAAAAUCAGGCAUUUGGUGACACGUUUGCACUGGUGAAAUCUGCUCGACCGGCCUCUUGUCCAAAUCCGGGUUUCAUGGAACAGCUGAAAAACUUCAGACCACAAGACGCUAUACAAGCAAAUGGUUUGGGUCAUGAUUGAACAUUAUUCUGCGGCUGCAUUCACUCAAUGUUAAAAGGAUAAUUCACCACAUAAUUAAAAUUCUGUUUUCAUUUCUCAUCCUCGCAUCUUUUUGAAUCUUUAGGUCUUUCUUGGUCCCACUUUAUAUUAGGUGUCUUUAACUACUAUGUAUUUACUAACAUUAGAUAAUGCACUUACAGUAUUGAGUUCAU